AUGGAUGCGAGCGUGGGCUACGAGGCGAACGCGGCGCGGAUCACGGUGACCGCGCCGGGCUCGACGGUGGCGCGGCCGCUCAAGCACGACGCGUCGGACCUGGUGACGCGCCGGCUGCAGGAGGCGCUUCACGAGGCGUCGAAGCGUGGCGCGAUGCAUGUCAACCUCGACAAGGAGUUCGUGCAGGCGAUCCUCAUGGUCGUCGAGCAGCGCAAGGUCGAGAACGCGGAGAUGAAAGGCAAGCUGGACGGGAUGAAGCGGGCGAGCCAGCAAUACAUCGACGGGCUGACGGUCGCGCAGGGCGAGUACGACAGGGAGCUGCGCCUGCGCCGGGACGCGGAGGCAGAGGUGACGCGGCUGAGAGUGCUGCUUGCUGGCCAGGCCGCGCGCAUCAUCGCGAUGUCGAACGAGAACCGCAAGGGCGAGCUGCACAAGCAGAUCACCCAGGAGCUCAGCGACAGCCUCACCGGCCUCGAACGCGACGUCUCGAAGCUCAGGGUCGAGCGCGACGUGACGCUUGCAGAGAUGGACGAGCUGGCCGCUUCGAGCCUGGGCGACACCGGGGAUCCUCCCGCCAACCUUAGUCGCUCGCUUACCAUGCGCCUGGACAAGCUGAAAACGCAGUACCAGCGCGAGCUGAUUCCGCUCACCGACGAGCGGGGCGCCCUUCUUCGGGAAGUGGCCGAACUCAAGGCCGCCCGGGAUGUAUUCUUGGAAGAGACCACCAUGCUCAAUGCUCGCAACGAAGAGCUGGCCCAGUUGAAUGCCUUGUAUGCGCGGCGGAACGAGUCUUCGAUGCCGGACAACACCGAACAGGACACCUCGCGCGAGAAGAAGAGCGGCUCGUUUGACAGGCAAAGGCCUCCGAUGGGUACCAUUGAGCCUUCCAACACCGUGCUGACGACAAAUUCCCUCGGGACGGACGAGAGCGCGGAUUCGAGCGUAUACAUCAAGGUGUCAAAGACGGACGCCGAGGCGCCACCGACUCUGCGGGGCAAGCUUCGGUGGCCAGGGAGACUCAUCAAGGAGACGACGCCUUCCUCGGCCGUUGCAGUCCCCGAAGUCGAAAAGCCCAUGGGUGCCAAGCACGUCUUCCAGCAGAUCAGUCUACUGCGGUUCACGCGAUGCGAUUACUGCGGCGACAAGCUGUGGGGAUCCCAAGUGCGCUGUUCAGCUUGCAGCUACUCGGUCCAUCCUCGCUGCCUGAACCAUGUCGUGUCGGCUUGCACGCCACAGGCCCCUCGCCGGGACGAGUCGGCGUCGGCCGCUCCAUUGCCCCCAUCUAUGUUUGGGCGUGAUCUCAUCGAGCAGGUACGGGCGGAUUCGAAGGGCGCCGACCGAAUGGUACCGGUCAUCGUCGAGAAGUGCAUCGAUGCCGUCGAGAACUCAGCGCUGGAAUACGAGGGCAUCUAUCGCAAGACCGGAGGGUCCGGACAAUCGAAGAUUAUCACCCAAUUGUUCGAGCGGGGCGACUACGCCUCCUUCGACCUUCGGGACCAGGACAAGUUCAACGACAUCUGCAGCAUCACCUCCGUCCUCAAGACGUAUUUCCGAUCGCUGCCUAAUCCACUUAUGACAUACGCAUUGCACGACGAGUUUAUGCACGCUUCGACCACUCGGGAACCCGCCGCAAAGAGCGCUAAGUAUGCUGAUCUGGUUUCGCAACUCCCCACGGAACACUACUACACCGUCCGCUUGCUCAUGCUACAUCUCCACCGGGUCUAUGAACGUAGUGACGUGAACCUGAUGACUGCGCGCAACCUGGGCGUUGUAUUUGGGCCAACCCUCAUGCGCUCGCGCGACCCCGCCGCCGAAUUUAGCGACAUGGCAGGCAAAGCGCUGUCUGUCGAGUGGCUUGUGCUGAAGGCUCCAGAGAUCUUCCCUCCACUGCCGAACGAACAACACUAA